AUGGUCUUAGUUCAAGAUUUGUUACACCCUAACCCAGCCAGUGAGGCCAAGCAACACAAAUUAAAGACUUUAGUUCAAGCUCCUAGAUCAUACUUCAUGGACGUCAAGUGCCCAGGAUGCUUCGAGAUCACCACAGUUUUUUCUCAUGCUCAAACUGCUGUAACCUGCGACUCAUGCACCACCGUGCUGUGCACCCCAACUGGUGGUAAAGCCAGAUUGUCCGAGGGAUGUGCUUUUAGAAAGAAGUAA